GGCACGUCGGGCUCCUCGGAGGGUGCCGCCCGCGCGGCAGGGGCCAUGGCCCUCAGCAGGCGGGAAGUGUUCAUAGGGAAAGUACUGAAACGACUCUAUGCUGAAACUUCAUCAUCUUCUCUUGUGCACACUUCAAGUAGAGAAGAGGAGGCGGUUCUCAGAAGUCUGGGCUCAAAAUCCAAAGAAAAGAAUUUGGAUGAUGUUCAGACUUCAUCAGCAGAUGUUAGCGCAUCAACUGAUACACCCUGCGAAUCAUUUCAAGGUAGUGACAAUACAAUUCUGUCUCCAAGGAGAAUGUACACAGUGAGUCUUCCUCCGGAGGGUUACGUUGCAGUUACUCCAGAUGCUAUUAGUAUUUCAGUUUCUGAAAACUCAAACAGUAGUGCUGACUCAACAGUGGAGGAAUAUCAAGGACAAACCAAGAGAAAGCGCCUUCGAAGGAAGAAACAAAAGAGCAGUUUGCAAAACUCUAAUAAUUUACAUGGAGAACAAACAGAAUGUGGAAUGCAAGAGACUAUUGUUCAAGAUAGUUUACAGCUGCAGCAGAUAGAUAGUCCCAAAAUAAGCAAAAACAAAAAGAGGAAAAUGAAAAAGAAGCGACAGAAAGAAAAAAUGAGAGCAGCUGGCUUGAUAACAAAAACUACUGGUGUCAAUUUUACAUAUCAGCCUGACAAAAACAACAGAGAAGAAGCAGCAGGCUUAAAAGACAUAGAUGAAAAGGCAGAUAGCAUUCUGGACUUCCUGCAGGCAACACAACAAAUUUAUUUUGCUGACAAUAAAUCAGAAUGCACGGAUUCUGCUGUAAAUUCAGCAACUACCCAAGAGCUUUUACAAUAUCUUGAAUCUCGCACCAUCUCUUCCUCAGAUGUGACUCUUCUACAUCAGUUGAAAUCCCUUGUAUUGCUCCAGGAUAUCGAGAGAUUGAAGGAUGCUUUGAAACAAUUCCAAGAGCAAUCCAUGAUGCCUCCUGAUCAUACCAAGAUAGUCACAUCCCUGUUUCACUACUGGAUUACAGAUAUCCUUCCUGUGAAGAACAAGAAAUAAAGCCUUGCCUGUGUCCAUAUGCCCAGGGUUAAAAUUUAAUAUACAAACUCUUAACCAAGUAGCAAUUGUUCAGGAAGAGCAGUGUCAAUACACAUUCUACACCUUCAGGUAAAUGAAUUAUUUUUCUGUGUUAUAAACUCCAGAAGACAAUAAGCAGGGUAUAACUACAUGUGAUUUUUAUGUUUGGUUGGUCAAGAAUAUCCAUGUGCUGUGUGGCCUGAGUCUUCAGCUGGGUUAGUAUGUACGUUUUGCUUUGGGAUAAGGGACUUAUCUGGAAUCAUAAAGUCUGUAUCAAGUAUUUUGUUUAACAAGUAUAGUAUCUUUUUGUUGUUGUUUAUAAAUUGAUUGUGCCUUUCUGGAAGUUUUAUUUCUUGACUUUUCUUGUUUGAUACCUCUCUUUACCUGAAAACCAGAAAUAUAUUUUUAUAUUUAAAUCUAAGCAACAAUAUGUCUGAGGAAUGUAUUUUUGCUGAAUAAACUGCUAAACUAUGGAAAUAGAUAAAUUUCUACAUGUGGGAUGUGUAGAUAUUGCUUGGAGUCUUGGAGCUUGGAGAAACUUGGAUGGCAUUUCAGAACUGUUCCACGGCCCAGCCUGUUACAAUCUGAUGGGCUUCACUGAUGGCAGAAUUACGGGACUAGGUUCUCUCACUGAUUACUGUAUAGUCUUUCUGCAACUGAAUUUACCCAUGUUUAGAUGAUACAGUAGAUAAUAUCUAUGGUUGUAAAAUGUUUUGGAAUUCUGAAGAAAAAAAUGCUUUGUAAGUGAGAGGCUCUUCUCUCAGCCGAGUCAUUCACCUGAUAGGUGAUACAGAACAAACGAUUUCUCAUAUUUUAGUGUGUUAGCUUCCUCAUCAGUAGGAUAGGGGCAACAUAUUUAUCUCCUCCAAAAUGUGCUUGUAGAUAUAUUACUGAGGAGACUGUAUAAACAUUGCAUGGGGUUUUUGCUUUGUUUUUUUAUUAUAUUGCCUGAUAUAUCCUAUUGCAAGGCAUUGGUUUUAGUGAUGCUCAAAAAUGUAUAAUAAAAAUACAGUCAUACCUAUUUCUCAUUAAUUGAAGAAGUUAAAAGGGGUUCUGUAUCAUGCUAAAGGAUUGCAGGUGCAGAAAAAAUGGUCUUAGGCUAAUGCAGCUGUGCGCAGCUCGGGAGAACUUGAGUUAGGUAUGUAUCUCCGAGGAAAGAUAUUUAAACCAGACUUUGCAGAGGGGAAACUAAUAGUGUGUUCCCUGUUUUAAUGCUCCUGCCUUGCUAACACAUAGGUACUGAACUGUAGCUGUGACUUUUCACUGAGAUGUUGUGUGCCUCAGUCCCACAUCUGGAGAAUGAGGAAAAUACCACUUGAGUGUGAAGCACCUAGAUACUUUAUUGACACACCCCACAGGAAAUUAAUCACUUCAUCCUCAGAUUAAGGUUUGAAUGUCAUACAGUAAAUGAGGCCUAGGAACUGCACAAAAAGGAUAUGCAGCAACUCAUCAUCUGUCCUAUACACUGAAUAUGAAAAAAUAAAUGAGAUCAUGUAAUUAAAGACAGUAUUUUGAAACACAAGUACAAACCAGGUCAAAUUAGGACUGUACAAACAAUUGUAGUGCCUGCAUUUCCUGAUACUGGAGUGGCUGCGCUGAAGGAUGUUACAAGGCUGCUGCCUUGGAUGGACCCCAGGACCUGGGCAUUCCUCCUCCUUGUCCUCUGGAUCCCAGGCUGGUGCACCUGGAGACUUGGAUGUCUCUCCGUCCCACGCCAAUGGAGGUGACUGCAGCUUUCAUCUUUCCAGGCUCACCUGGUAGUGAGGGUUAGCACAUAUCUCAGGGAUACACGUGCACACACACAGACAGACACACACAUGGACAGACACACACACACACAAUGCUCACAUGGCUGACUACACAGGCUGCCACAGGCAGGGCGCUGCCUUUAACAACACCCAUGAGUAACCCUGCCAGGACUCACAUAAAACACGAGUACAGUCAUCUUCUCUGACUGAUUGGAAUUGAAGUUCACGAGUGAAAACACUCACACCUACACUUCCUGGAUUCACAAGCUUUACCCCCAUUCGCAGAUCCUUCGAAUACCAGCACAAGCCCCCAGCCUCUCUCAUAUCCCUGCCUGCAUCCUGGAUAUAUCCUAGAUAUAUUUAUCCUAUAUAUAGGAUAUAUUUCCUGGAUCCCAGCCUGACACACGCUAUCACAUGUUCACACACUCAUUUCACAAGCACUCACACACUCAUGUCACAUCUUUGUUUAUUGCUUUGAUUUCCCUUCUUUAUUGUUUCUGUUUCAGUGGUUGGCCAUUUCUCAUAAUAUUAAAGUGAUUUUUUAAAUUAUGAUGAAUUUUAAAUAGCUGCAUACAGAGGAGCAGAUUUGGGUAUUUUGCCAAACAGAAUAUUUUGUACUAUCAGUAGUCUAAUCCCAGAAUGUGAGUAAAAUUUCUCAGGUCAAAAAUGUGCUUUCCUCGAAUCGGGUAAUAAUGGGGAACAUUGCUUUCAGUCUCUCUUUUUUGCCUUCACUUUAACCACUGUAACAGCCUUAUAUUCUGUGCAGAAAUCAGCUGGUCCUAACAAAGCAAGCCUGGGAACAGUUUCAGAGCGUAGCUAGUUAGAGUCAGUGAUAUCUGAUGUCUUUGUAAAUGACCUGCGAUAGGAGCUGAAUCUUACACUUAUCAGACCUGCCACUAUUACACUAACAGGGAUUAUAAAGAAGAGAGGAUAAAGUAAAAUCUGAGAUGUUGGAGAGUUUAGAAAAUUGGACCAAAUUCAAGCAGAUAAAUUGUAGAUUGUCAUUGUAGAUAAAUGCAAUCGCAUCAGAGUGUGUUUGGUUCUGAAACAAACGUGCCAAACAAUGGUGUGCUGAACUGCAACCUGCGUAAGGACACUUAAGAGCAAUACACGAAAGAACACAGCAGAUAGAUACAGUUUAAAAGCAAAAGAAAUGGACAUUACUUAUCCUAUAACAAUAUCAAUUAGACAAUGUACUAAAAAUGGCAGGGGGGAAGGAUUGUUUGGUUCCAUGUUUAACAUCCUAUUUGCAGUCAAAAAGAUUUCAUACACAAGAAUUCUAAUACCUGGUCACUUUUCUGUGCUGCUUUUCUUAAAAAAUGGCACUGAAUCUCCCUACACCUUUUAUGGUUUAUUUGAGCAGUGGUAUAACCAACACGGCUGGGAUAUGAAAACUGAAAAAUUUAAAUUAAUAUCCACCGGUGAACACAGUGUGUUUUACAUUUCACUAUACGUGGCUCCUUCAACAUAGCAAUGAAACAUUUAUCGCUUUGGAUUUUCAUGCUAAACUCAUAAUUGGCAAAGGAGAUGGCCUUGAAUUUUUGCUUCUUCCACAUCAUUCAGUCUAAUGACUGUGCAGUAUCAUGGAAUUUCUGAGGCAUGGAAGAGUUUUUUUAGUGGACUUUGCAUCAGAGAACUCCAGACUGAACUGUACACACACCCUUAACAGCAUAUUUCAAACUUCUGGGAAGACAGAACUUUAAAAUUCUGUUUUUAAAACCUACACGGACUCCAACAGUAGGAAGAAUUUAAGGAUCGACUACAAAGUAGCCUGCAUGUGGCUUCAAGACUUAACUUUCUAGUUUGCAUAAUUAAACAUUACACAGUAAGGAAGGAACAGCAGCACAGUGGGAGAGAAAUCGGGCUCUGAGUAGGUGGUGGUCCCUUCCCUAGGCUCUGUGUACAAGGAACACCACAGAGGCUGGAGUAGUUUUGGGCUUCAGUAGUAGUGAAUAGCUGGUCACUACACGUGUAUGAAGGGUAUGAGUUCAAAGCCAUUAUCUCUAUAUAUAGGUACAUGUUUUAUUCUCAAAAUUGCCUGUAAGACCCUAAUUCUUUCUUUUGUGGAUAUGUAAUGUGGAAAUCAGUCUCUAAUGUUACAGAUUUUUACUGCUUCAUAAAUGGUACAAUAUUUUAUAUAGUACUUUACAAUCAUGUAGAGUUAUAAAUUCCUUAAUGGAUUUUCUAUGACAGGUGGCUUUUCUCCCCUGCACCAGUGCAGGGGGUACUACUCAGUAGGCUGAAUCUCCGAAAUAACAUGGGGGAAAAAAAGACUUUAAAAAAAAAAGAUAAGGAAGGAAACAAGUGGUGAGUGACAGCAUGAAGGCAGAAAAUUGUUAAGCUGUCUUUGACCAAAGAAAACAUACUUCACUCAGUAAUAUCUGGUAUGUCAUAAAACCAGUCCACAGCUGUGGAGUAGAAAGUGGUGUGUUAUGCUUGUACAGUAUGCUAUGCAUUAAGUAUAAUAACAAAGAAUCAUAGUGAAAAAAACAGCAAACUGUAAGAUUGGAAAAAUGCAUUGUAUUUAAUAUUUAGGCCAACCUUAGGUUGUAGCUAUGUAGAUUUUGUGAUUAAUUGCUUCAGCCCUAGAUUGCACCUAAGGAGGGCUGCAUUGCACAUGUUUAUGCAGCUAAUUUAGCUUCAAUGUUAACUACUUUAUCCUCUGCAUUGCAUCUAAGUAAAUUUUGUUGAAUAGGCUAAUUAUAAUGUCUGAGUAUUUCACAAUUUUUAAUAUAUGUUUUUCUUAGAUGAAAAAAAUGUUAAUUUUUAAACUGCUAGAUAUUUGCUAAACUAAGCCAUGGGGGAAAAACACUACAUAAGUAUAAAGGAGAAGCAGAAAUUUACAGAUGCGGUAUAUGUUUCCUAUCUCUCACGAUCUAGGAAAAAAACUAUAUAUUUUAUGAUUAUUUGAAAACAGCGUAUGUGUACCACAGUCAGUCAAGGUCAAACAUAUAGCUUUAAUAAGUACAUUCUCCAAGUUGAGUGCUUAACUUUGUAGAAUUAAUAGUCUGUAGUCAUUUUAAUGAACUGUAUACAUUUGUAACAUGUGUAAGCAAGCUGUAGUUCUCUUUUACAUUAUUACUGCAAUGCUACAUCCUGUUUUAGGAUACAUAACACACAAAAAAUGUGUUAUGUAAGAUUCAAGAGGACUACACAAAAACAGAGAAGGAAUGAAUCUGUGGUUCAAUACCUUCUUUUCUUUUGCAUCAACCCUAGGCUGCUUUAGAUUGCAUCAAGUAGAGGCUGCUUUUCUUCACUUCAAGAUCUUUGCCAGUCUUCUCAGUCCCUCAGUCAGUGCACAGAUGAUUCUUCCAUCCUCUCAGCCUCUGGUAUUAGCUUCCAUCACCCAUGUGCUAUAUUUUCAGAUUAACACAUUUGUGCUUUUUCCCCACAAUGCCUUCCACAGCUCUCUACAGAGCAGUCUUUCUCUCGCCUUCCAGUCCUUCUUUAAAACUCUCCUUUGCCGUGAUGCUGCCCAAAAGCUUGGCAACAGCAGGGUCAGCAGUGUGCUAAGGCAACUGCUUACUCUGCUGACUGAUGUUGCCUUAUUGUAUCUGUGUACUCCUACAUCAAUCUGCCUGUUUUCUCUUCUGUUUUCUCCUUUCUUAAACUAGUAGCAAUUUGAUGCAGGGCUUGGGCUGCUGCACAGCACCCAGCACAGCGAAUUUCUAUUACAUCUGAGGUGCCAACAUGCUAGGGGAAUGUAAUAGACUUAAUUACAAUCAAGAAUAUGCUAGAACAUAUAGGCAAGGCUGCUGAUAGUUAAAAAUGGCAUAAUAAUUUUACAUUGCACACAUGAUCAGUCUAGUAAAACAAGGACCUGGUUCUCCCUAGUAGACCCUUUGGAGGCAGUGUUCAUGUGCAGCUUGCUAAGGAGAGCUUGGAGGGCAUGCAGGGUGAGAUUAAUUCCUCCUAACUUCAGAUGUCUACAUAGUAGAUGUUUCCAUCUGAGCUGCCUAUCCUAAAGAACUUUAUAAUCACUGGGAUGAAAUAGAUACUUGUACAGCCCAAUAUAACUGAUUGCUUCGAGACAUCUAUUUUAGGAUAAGAACAAUGGUACGAGUAGGAGAACUUAUGUCUUUACGUUGACUGUUAUGGGAGAAUUAACAGGUAGGUCAGAUGGAAACACCUGCAUUGCAGGCAUCUGGAUCUUGUAAAAAAAAAUUCAUUUACUGCAUCUGAGAAAGGGACAGGAACGUACAUGUUGCAUGACCAAAACAUCACCCGCCCCUGGUGCUGGUCUGGCAGUGGCAAGCUCCUUCAACUUGGACAGGGCUGUGACCCUCGCUCCUUGCUGCUUUCAUACCUUCCAUUGGGAAGCCAUUGCCUGGGAGUAGUAAAAGGGAGAAGGAGAAGAAGAGUAAGGAGCUGUUGUACAGCUGUGCUUGGAACUCACCCAACACAAGCUGAGGAGCUGCUUCUCCUGCUCUUCCUCUUGUUCCUUUCAUGCGAUCAUGCACAAAGUGGCCUCCGCCACUUCUGAGGUAGGCUCAGUAGAAGAUUGCUGUGUGAUUUAGUCCUCCUCCCAGCAACAAUAAUGAAGUGGAAGUGAAUAUAAAUGCACAGAGGAGUAACCAUUGCUAGGAAUAUCAAACUGAUUACCCAUUACCUGUGUUCUAGAGAGUGAAUCAAGAGCAAAUGUAUUUAUUGCGGAAUCACAAGAGUAAUCACCAAACUCUGUAGACAUAAUAAUAGCUGUUUGAUCUCUGUCUGGCAUGUCGGAGCUUAAAAUGAAGGUCAUAUUCAAAUCUGAUUGGAAUUCAGGGAAAGCAUCUUAGCUUAUUACCAUUACUAUAGUGCUGGAUUCUAUUUACAUUGGUAAACAGUUUAAAAUACUUGACAUGUUAUUCAAUUAAAUCUGUGAUUGCUAACUGACAGACCAAAGUGCAUUGAUUUUUCCAACCACAUUAAGCUAAGUACAUGGCACAGUGUUUCAUUAGCCUGUCUGCUUAACCCUUUCACAUUAAUUCAAUUACCCAGUAUAAAAUUAAAGUGUAAAAUAUUAAAUAACUCUAAAUUUCUAAAUUAGAAGGCGUUGCAAGACUAUAUUCAUCUCAAUAGUUUCUGACAUAUAUUUAUUACUGGGUGAUUUACAAUCUGCUACGGAUCACAUUGUUAUCCAGAUGGGAAAAGUCACUCAGAAAGUUUUUUCACUGUACUCAGUAAAUUGAUAGAUUCAUAGAGGGUAAGACUAAAAAGGACAUGAGAUUAUCUUCUCUGACCCCAUCUAGAUCCCUGGUCAUAAAUUUUCCUUUUACUUCAGGGUGAAGACCAGUAACUUCAGUCUGACAAAAGCACAAUUUGUGGUUUUUGCUAAAGCAAGUCUUCUGCAGAGACAGGCAAGCUUGAUUUAAAGACAUCAGGAAAUGAAGACAUAGCCCCUUCUCUGGUCAUUUAUUCCAGUACUCAGUCACUCUCACGGUUAGAAACAUGUGCCACAUUUUAAAUUUGAAUUUGUCUAGAUUUAACUUUCAGCCAUUAGUUCUUGGUAUGCUUUUCUUCACUAGAUUAAGUAGUCCCUCGCUAGCGACUAUUUUCUGUCUGUGAAAGUUUUUGAACACUGUAAUCAAGCUACAAUGCAACCUCCCUUUUUGGUACCCUAACCAUUAUCUCUUUAUUUUAUUUAAGGCAUUUUCUACGGCCUUCAAAUUGGUUUUGUAGCUCUCUUGUACAUUCUGUCCAUUUUUUUUCCCACCAUUUAGAGAACAAGUGUGCUGGAACUGCACAUAGAACUUCAUCUGAAAUCUGAGCAGUGCCAACUUUCGUACUCACUACUCCAUUGUUUGUGGGUCCACUUUUUGCCAUAGGAUUGUAUAGGUGUCGUGGUUUAACCCCAGCCAGCAACUAAGCACCGCGCAGCUUCUCGCUCACUCCCCACCACCCAGUGGGAUGGGGGAGAGAAUUGGGAAAAAAAAAGUAAAACUCGUGGGUUGAGAUAAAGGCAGUUUAAUAGGACAGAAAGGAAGAAAAUAAUGAUGAUGAUUAUGAUAAUAACAAUAACAAUACAAUUUCAAUAAUAAUAAUAAAAGAAUUUGAAUAUACAAAACAAGUGAUGCACAAUGCAGUUGCUCACCACUCACCAACCAAUGCCCAGUUAGUUCCUGAGCAGUGAUCCCCCCAGGCCAACUCCCCUCAGUUUAUAUACUGGACAUGACGUCACAUGGUAUGGAAUAGCCCUUUGGCCAGUUGGGGUCAGCUGUCCUGGCUGUGUCCCCUCCCAACUUCUUGUGCCCCUCCAGCCUUCUUGCUGGCUGGGCUCGAGAAGCUGGAAAAUCCUUGACGUAGUCUAAACCCUACUUAGCAACAACUGAAAACAUCAGUGUGUUAUCAACAUUCUUCCCAUACUGAAACCAAACCAUAACACUAUACCAGCUACUAGAAAGAAAAUUCACUUUAUCCCAGCCGAAACCAGGACAAUAGGGAGUCCAUGUUGAAUUAUUUGUUAUAGUAGACAAGUACUCUUGGAAUUUAUUGCUCUCCAGGAUUUAGGCCCUGGUUCCAUGCCUCUUGUUCUUAAAUGUCUGACUUUCUGUUUGGCUGUAUUAAUGUUAAUUUUCUUUGACUAUGUCUAGAUUAGUAAAUGAUGGAUUGUUUUAUGUGCCUGUACUGCUUUCAUUAGUAUCGACUAUCUGCUGAUCUUGGUGUCAUCUGCAAAUUUUACCAGCAAUGAUUCUAUGUUUACUUACAGAUCAUUAAUAAAAAUGCUGAAUGGUUUCAA